CCACCCUGCCCAGGAUCUUGGACAUACUGCGGAUGACCCGCUCGGAACGGGCAACAUCAGGGAGGCCGGAGAUGAGGAGCCAAGCCGUGUCCAGGGUAGCGACGGCUCUGGGAUCCCACUGCGGCUCAGAGAUGUUCACCACGAUGUCGUUGAGAGCCAGGGUGAUGUUGUUGCUGCGCGUGCAGAAGCCCAUGCUCAUCGCGUCAGGGAAGACCACUGAGAAGGAGCUGGGAGCCGUGGGGGUCACCUGCCAGUCCCACGUGCAUCUGCACAAGUGGUUGAGCUCAGCCUCAAUCAACUCCGGGGUGGCGACGGCCUCGCCCACAACCGUCACCAAAGCCAGCAGCGAGGGGGAAGGCGGGGCGAGCUCGGGCACCUCGAUGUGGAAGAAGGCCAAGUCCUCGAUGCCGUGCCCAUACAUCAUGAGCUCCUCCGACACCGGGCGGUCCGGACAGAGAAUCGCGGGGUGCCCGG